AUGUCGCACGCAGCGACGGUGACGAGGUUCAGAGCAGGAGAGGCCCAUGAAGCGGCCACGGCGAGCCCGUUGGUCAGCCCGAGCGGCCUGUGGACCGUGCUCGGGCAGGCCUCGAACGUGGCGCAGCUGGUCGGCGUGGACGCGCUCGGGCUGGUGUCCAUGGUCGUGCCGGCCGCGCUGGCGGCGCGCCGUCACCGCGACGCGUGCCGGCGCCUGGCGCAGCACGUGGAUAUCGUCGGCGGCCUGCUGCGGGAGAUGGAGCUCGCCGAGCUGAUGCGGCGGGAGGCCACGCGGCGGCCCCUCCAGCAGCUCCAUGACGCCCUGCGGCGGUGCUACGCCCUCGUCACGGCGUACCAGGACUGCGGGUACCUCCGCAACCUGUUUCUCGGCGCCCGGAUGGCCGAAGAGCUCCGCGCCGUGGAGCAGGAGAUCGACAUGUUCAUCCGCCUCGUCCCGCUUAUCGCGCUCGUCGACACUACACAUGAACGCCGGGCUGCUGAAGCUGUGCCAGUUCUAAUCAUGAAUGGGUCAAGCCAUCAUCACGUCAGAUUUCCAAUAAGUGUUGAGGACUUCACCAGAAUACAAGUUCAAGGAGCUCCUAAAAUUUAUAAUGUUGCAAAACAAUCGUUUGCAGGAGCAAUGGACUUGCAAGGACAGAAGAUUCUGGACACUGAAGAACUGUUGGAGCUUUGUACCCAUACUGAAGAGAGUUGCUCAGGAUUCAGAAAGUUUGAAUUCUCUCAGAUUGUCAACGCUACCGACACAUUCUCAGAGGAUAGAAACGUUGGGUGGGGUGGUUUUGCUAAAGUUUACAAGGGUGAGUUGCCUGAUGGACUCAUGAUUGCCGUCAAAAGGUUGAAUGAACAUGCGGCAGUAUAUGAUUUCACCAAUGAAUUUCUACUAGCGAGGCUUGAGCAUAUCAAUCUAGUUAGGCUGUUGGGGUGGUGCAUCCAUGGGAAAGAAAGAAUUCUGGUGUAUGAGCUCAUGCACAAAGGUGGCCUGCACCAAUUCAUCUUUGUGGUUACAAAGCUCCAGAGUAUGCAUCUCGAGGCAUUUAUUCAGUCAGUGGUCAUCAGUGGGCGAAAGAAUAUCAUACUGGAGCAUCAAGGAGACACUGUUGGUAACCUCGUAAGAGAUGCAUGGCAGUUGUGGCAUGAUGGAAGGCUACAUGAGCUUGUAGAUCCAAUAUUAGGUGAUGGAUUUGAACUUGCUGAGGUAAAGCAGUACGCUCAGGUGGCACUACUCUGCACUCAGGAAGAUCCAGCAGAUCGCCCCACCAUGUCAGACGUUACUGCACUCCUAAACUUUGAAAGCAUAAGCCUAUUGCCGGAUCCUAAGCAGCCAUCUGAGCUGAACAAUGGUGGUGCUACUGGCGACAAAUUAUCGACGUAUGUUCAUCAAUCAAGUAGAACCAUAAACAUAACCAUCACAAGCUCAGCUCCAGUAUCAACUAGGAUCUGCAUCAUUGUGGAGCCAGAGGCUUGA